AUGUGGUCCCUCCUCGCAUCCACCGUCGUACUCUUAGCCCGCCGGGUCUCUGCUCAUGGCGGAGCUCUGAACUAUACUGUCGGAGACACAUGGUACCCUGGCUACGAUCCUUAUGGCGACCAGGCCAUGCAGGAUGCCGCCGUAUGGAUGCCACAACGAAAAUGGAUUUCCAACAACCCCAUUUUCGAAACCACCAACACGUCUCUUUCCUGCAACACCCCCGGUACACCCGCUCGCGCAUACAUACCCAUUCGCACGGGCGAAAACAUAACCGCCGUGUACUCGUACUGGGUGCAUACCGUCGGUCCUAUGAUAGCUUGGAUGGCAUACUGCGACAACGCCGAGAAUGACUGCACGACCUUUGCUAGCGAGACGGCAGAUUGGUUCAAGAUCGGCGAAAAGGGGUUACUGGAAGGAAGCAUCGAAACUGGGGAGUGGUUCCAGAAGGCGUUCAGUAUGUGGGAUGGGAGUCCAAGUCUGUGGAGUGAGAUGGUGCCUGUAGGGCUGAGGGCGGGAAGAUAUUUGGUGAGGCAUGAGAUUAUUAGCUUGCAUUCCGCGAAUAAACCACAAUUUUACCCCGAAUGCGCGCAUUUGGAAGUCACGAACGAUAAGGAGGGAGGCUCGAUUCCUAGUGAGGAGUAUAUGGUCAAGAUUCCAGGCGUGUGGAGUAUGGACCAACCCGAGAUCAAUAUCGACAUUUACAGUCCCGAGGUCUCGGAAAAGACGGUACGUCCAAUGGAGACAUGA